GGGAUGGAAGAUGUUGCUGGGCUUGACACUGUCUAUGGCCGUGGCUGCAAAUGCCUCCUGCACGGACCAAUCAUGUGUGAACGGAUACUGCAACGACAACACCGGCUGCAGGUGCCAUCAAGGUUUCACGAUGGAUCCUAACGGCAUCUGUGUUCCCUUUGUACGGUGUGCAGUGGAUUCUUGCCCAAACGGUUUCUGCUCACGGUCAGGACAGUGUUUCUGCAAAUCUGGGUAUUUCAAAGGACCAAACGGCGUUUGUCUGGCCAUUGCUACCUGUGUUCCGGAAACAUGUGUUAAUGGCGACUGUGACCCGAACACACAGGAGUGUGUCUGUAAACCUGGCUUCGAGAAGAAUGUGCAAGGUGGAUGUGCUGUCUCAAAUGAUUGCACGUUACGAUGUGAGAAUGGACAGUGUGCGAAACUGCAGAGUCAGCAAGAAGUGUGCCACUGUCAAGUUGGGUACAGGAACCAUCCUGACAACAACACUAUCUGUGUUUCAGUAGCUGGUACAGGAAAUGAAACUGGCCGCUCCACGUCUCCAUCUGCAUCAACGCCCAACAGACUCCCACUAAACCCCGAAGGUGACGGGCAGAGCACAUCAUCGUUCCCUCAUACCCUGCAUACAGGCCAGCAAGCAACCACCCAGACACAGCUUCCACCGCUGCUAAUCCCUUCUGGCUUUGUUCGACAGGAAUCGGCACCACACAGAACACCAUCUGAAGUCUUCAAUAAACCACAAUUUCCAUUUGCCAUUAAUGGGCCACCAACACCCUUACCUCCCAACCCCAUACCAUCAACAAUUGCCAAUCUUUCCAUCGCCCCACCCGUCAAUGUCAACGGACCACCAAUACCGUUACCUCCUAUCCAGUUACAAUCAACGUUUCCCCAACUGUCCAUCAGACCAUCUCUCAGUGUAAACGGAGCACCAAUGCCCUUACCCUUACCGCCAAACCCGUUACAAUCAACGUUUCCCCACCUUUCUAUCACACCACCUAUCAAUGUCAACGGACCAAGAAUACCGUUACCUUCCAACCCGUUACAAUCAACGAUUCCCCAACUUUCUAUCACAGCACCUAUCAAUGUCAACGGACCAAGAAUACCGUUACCUUCCAACCCGUUACAAUCAACGAUUCCCCAACUUUCUUUCACACCGCCUAUCAAUGUCAACGGACCAAGAAUACCGUUACCUUCCAACCCGUUACAAUCAACGUUUCCCCACCUUUCUAUAACACCACCUAUCAAUGUCAACGGACCAAGAAUACCGUUACCUUCCAACCCGUUACAAUCAACGUUUCCCCACCAUUUCCUCACACCACCUGUCAAUGUCAACGGACUGCCAAUACCCGUAACUCUUAACGGACUACAAGAUCCGUUCCCUGCAUCUACCAGUAAACUGUUAGAGCUCCUUCGGGCUUUAACUGGAAACGUAGGUACAAACCCAGCCAGAAAAGGGUUUCACUACGAAAGGCCAUCACCGUUCAGGUCACUUCGCUUGGAUCCCAGAUCAACGUCAAUGUUGAUACGAAUGUUGUCAAUGAACCAGUUCAUGGAGGCAAUGGUUUAAUCAAACAUUCUUAAAUAUUAAAAGUUUAACGGACCAAUUUCAAGGACAGUGUCUCCAUUUGAGGGAACAAUAGGUCCCCAUUAUAUCAUAGGUGUUGUAAUAUCUGACCUAGUGUUGACUGUAUGGUCAGUAUCAGCAUGGAGUAUAAAGAUUAUAUCUACCCCAGACUAGAUUAUAUUUACAGGCCACUGUUUUUUGUUUGCUUACAAACUUUGAAUGUAUAGUUUGAACACAUGCAUGAAUACGUAAAUUUAAUCUGGAAGUUUAACAUUCCGAAACACAGUUUUUCUCGUACUGUAUUAAUCUGCAUAUGUAUACAGUUUAAAACACCAUGUCUCCAUUA